UAAAUGGUACUGGUCCAUACAGCGCAUGUGCAAAAGGAAGUGAACUCAAUAGCAACAACAAACUCAGCUGUACUAUCAAACUACCAACCUAACCUUCGUGUUGGGGUCCCGUGAGAGACGGAAAAACACGAAGACGACGGCUGAAACCGAGUUUUACCGAAGCCAGCACGGGGACAAAAGUGAAAUCUACAGUUGGUCCUCUACUUUUUGAAGUGGAUCCACAGACACACAGUUGCGGCGCGGCGCACUUCUUCCUGUUGUCAAAGCUGUGAAGCCGAGAUAAGAAACAAUGGAUGGCAUGUGACGAGACCGUAACAUGGGCGCCUAACUGAAGGUAAACAGCCGGGUUGGUGUUCUACAUGAGUCUGUCGGCAGGAUGUCGCUGAGUUCCGGAGGCUGGGCUCGCGCCCUCGAUCACGCGCCGGACCAGUUCGCCGACCUCCCCGACCACCAUGAGGCCUCGCAGUCACAACUCGGCUGCCAAACCGUCCUCAUGUCGGUUCGGGUGUCGGUGUGCCAUUCUGGUAUUCGGCCGCUGUGUCUUCCGGGAGCGGGUGAUGAGUCACUCCGCCUGCAGCUUGGCAUGGACCCGGGGAAAUCCGGGGAAUUCCGCCUGUCGCUCCAGAGCAGCAGCGGGACUGGCCGCAGUGUGACCAUCACUGAGUUUGAUCUGAAGGCUGUAAACUAUGAGGUGAAGUCACCAAAGUGCCACGAGCUUGUUCUGGCGGCUCCCCCGCACGACCGCAUUCGCUUUAACUUUCGCUGUGAGCAGGAAGCUGAGGAGUGGGCUACCGUCGUGAUGUCUUCGCUUAAAGAAGCUCACAGAGCUGCACCUCAGGAAAAUGGCUCACAGCACUUUUCAGAUACCAGUCAUGUACACAACACCUUGGCUCUGCAACAAACUGAGGAGGCUUGCAUAGAGCUGACUCGAGCCAUCGAGGCAGGUGACAUCAAGUCCGCUUCAGUCUUCGCCGCCCAACUUGCCGGCCAGCACGUCUCGCUGAAGAUCCUGCCCACUGCUGACAAAUACGGAGAUGCAGAAAUCAGCCUGGUUGUUGUGGUGGAAGAUUCCACGUCUUCAUGCUGCAUCACAGUGAAGGUCUUCCCUCAAAUGACUACUGAAUCAUUAAAACAGCAGAUGUUUCUGGAGUACGGCUUUCACCCUCGGGUUCAGCGCUGGAUCAUCGGCCAGUGCUUGUGCACUGACAAGCGGUCUUUAGCUUCAUAUGGCGUCCAACAGGACGGAGACACGGCCUUCUUGUACCUAUUGUCAGCUUAUCACGCUCGCCUGACUCAUCAAGUCCUGCAGCAGGAUCAGGAGAGCGCCCUGCUCCACAGCCCUCCCCUGUCGUUUCAAACCCCUCAGCUCCCUGUGUCCUCCACAAACGGCCUCCUAUCGUGUGACAGGGGUGCGUACUCCACGCUUCCUUCCAGACUCCACAGCAGCAGCAAGACUGGAGAGUCAGAACGACCGAAGGUCAGCGAGAUUAGGGACUUCAUCAACCUGGAAAUUCCUCCACUCAAAGACGGAUUAAGCCCCAGCACAUCUUCCUCUCAGGGUUGGUCCUGCCCCUCUUGCACAUACAUUAAUAAGCCAACACGUCCGGGCUGUGAGAUCUGCAGCACAAACCGUCCCGAGAGCUACAUUGUUCCCGGGGGAUACCAGCCCGACGCUCUGGAGCUCAGACGGAUUCAGCAGGAAAAGGAGUCCAUCCGACAGUACCAGCAGGCGAGAGAAAAGGAGCGAAGGGAAAACUUUGCUCGCCUGGUUAUGAUGGACGGUCAGGACUUGGUGCCCAACCCGGACCCGGUGGAUUGUAGGAUUUGCUACAUGGACUUACCAUCAGGGCAGGGUGUCCUGCUGCGGGAGUGUCUCCAUUGUUUUUGCAGAGAAUGUCUACGCUCUGUCAUCAUGUUGAGCGAGGAGCCCGAGGUGUCCUGUCCCUACAGAGACGACGCGUACUCCUGCGACGGCGUUCUGCAGGAGAGGGAGAUCAAAGCUCUGGUGUCGGCAGAGGAGUACGAGCGCUGGCUGCAGAGAGGGCUUUCUAUGGCAGAGUCCCGCUGCGAGGGCAGCUAUCACUGUGCUACUCCAGACUGUCUGGGGUGGUGCGUGUACGAAGACACCGUCAAUGUCUUCCACUGCCCAGUCUGCAGGAAACACAACUGCCUCAUUUGCAAGGCUAUCCAUGAAGGAAUGAACUGUAAACAAUACCAGGAUGACCUUGCAGUUCGGGCUAUAAAUGACUCUGCUGCUAGGAGAACAACGCAUCUGCUGAUGACCCUCGUGCAGUCAGGCGAGGCCAUGUACUGUCCUCAGUGCGGCAUCAUCGUGCAGAAGAGGGACGGAUGCGACUGGCUGCGCUGCACUGUCUGCCACAUUGAGAUUUGUUGGGUAACCAGGGGGCCUCGCUGGGGGCCGAAGGGCCCCGGAGACACAAGCGGAGGCUGUCGGUGCAACGUCAACAAUCAGAAGUGUCAUCCCAAAUGCCAGAACUGCCACUGAGUGUGUGAUCAAUUGAAAAUACCAGAGGAACUCAAAGACUGAAAUUCAAUUUGCUCAAAUUAAACGUGAAACAGGGAAAUAACUAUUAAUUUUUACCUGAUGUGUAUGUAAGACUGAUUUCUAAGAUGUCCCUCCCAUAUAAUGAAGACAUUUCUAGCUGCCUGUUACCAUUUCAAUAACCAUCACUUGUUUCUGUGAGCAGGAAUAGUUUCCUGUGUACGACAUCCAGUCCAUAGUGACCCGACCAGCCGUGAUCAUGAACAGUAUUUACAGAGGAUAAUUACCUUUGAAUGGUGCCUUUUUGUCUUCCCAUGUUUACACUGCAGAUGAAGCUACACAGAUUAUAGAGUUUCUGUUUUAAUAGUUUCCUACGUAGACUGAACACAUCGUGUGAAGCUGAAGUGACCUUACAUUUGUGCACAAAAGCUUUAGCACUGUUACAAACGUUUCUAUGAAAUGUGACAAAGGAUUUGGUUGUGUGUUGUAUGAGCCCUUUGAUUUUUGUGUGUUGGUGUUGUUUUCAGACUACAGGUAUGCUCUGUUACCAAAGAGGACUGUGAGGUUUCUUAUUUACCGUGGAAAUACCCAAGAAAGAAGUAGUAUUAACUUACCAUAUGCCUCUGUAUUUUACAAAGUACAAAGUCUUGCUAUUUAUUUUUGCUCUGCUGUCCAGAAAUUUCAAAUAUAUGAAAAGAUUUUUCUAUAAGUUCUUGUUUUCACUCUAAGGUGAUGCCCACUUUUUGCCAUUAUGCUUUUAAACCUUUAAAGGAGCUUAGAUGUGAAAGAUAUAUUGUCUUACAUGCAUUCUGGGAGUGAAAUUGGAUAAAUAAAACCACAUUAAUUCACAUGCAGCUUUUGAAAGAAUCCUGUUAAAGCUUUUUAUGCAUUAUGUAUUUUCUUAUUCGCAUGCAAUGAUGCACUGUUUAUUCCCCCUAGAAAGUGAUGGAAGUGUGAUUUCUCAACAACACUACUGCCGGGAACUGACAUGCCACUGGUACUUGUGUUUUACUGUCAGCACUCUGAUGCAGAUGUAUUUGUGUGCCUUAAUAAUGAAUAAAUAAGACUGACAAAUAA